UGCAUUUACCCACGCGGACUCACAGCUUCCUCACACUUUCACCACCAACACCAACCUCUCCUCAGUUCGCCAUGGGUCUCUCAGUCUCCCGCCUCCUCUCUGGCCUCUUUGGCAAGAAGGAGAUGCCCCGCAUGCUGACUCGCUGGUUGCCUUUGCAGGAAUUCUUAUGGUAUGAUUUCACCUGCCUCCCCCGUUUGACCCGAUGCCGACUUGACUCCCUCGCCAAGGUCGGCCUCGACGCCGCGGGAAAGACGACCAUCCUCUACAAGCUGAAGCUCGGCGAGAUCGUCACCACCAUCCCGACCAUUGGGUUCAACGUCGAGACUGUCGAGUACAAGAACAUUUCAUUCACCGUCUGGGACGUUGGAGGGCAGGACAAGAUUCGCCCGCUCUGGCGGCACUACUUCCAGAAUACCCAGGGCAUCAUCUUCGUCGUCGACUCGAACGACCGGGAGCGUGUCUCUGAGGCCCGGGAGGAGCUCCAGCGGAUGCUCAAUGAGGACGAGCUCCGUGACGCCCUUUUGCUCGUCUUCGCCAACAAGCAGGACUUGCCCAAUGCGAUGCAGGCGUCUGAAAUCACCGACAAACUUGGUCUCCAUGGCCUUAGACAGCGGACUUGGUACAUCCAGGCGGCCUGCGCAACUUCUGGUGACGGUCUUUACGAGGGUCUCGAGUGGUUGAGCGCCAACAUCAAGCGUCGGGUAUAA